AUGGCAUCUGCUCAAGACUCCAAGUAUGGCCAGAAGGACACAUCAGAUCAGAAUUUUGAUUACAUGUUCAAACUGCUCAUCAUUGGCAACAGCAGUGUUGGGAAGACCUCCUUCUUGUUUCGUUACGCUGACGAUUCUUUUACAUCAGCUUUCGUAAGCACCGUCGGGAUUGAUUUCAAAGUAAAAACAGUUUUCAAAAAUGAAAAAAGAAUUAAGCUACAGAUCUGGGACACAGCCGGUCAGGAGAGAUAUAGGACAAUUACUACAGCCUACUAUCGGGGCGCAAUGGGCUUCAUUUUAAUGUAUGACAUCACCAAUGAAGAAUCCUUCAAUGCUGUGCAGGACUGGUCAACCCAAAUAAAAACUUACUCUUGGGAUAAUGCCCAGGUUAUUUUGGUCGGUAAUAAAUGUGACAUGGAAGAAGAACGGGUAGUCUCUGCUGACAGAGGGAAGCAUUUAGCAGAACAACUUGGUUUUGAAUUCUUUGAAACAAGUGCCAAGGAUAACAUCAAUGUCAAGCAGACAUUCGAGCGGCUUGUGGAUAUCAUCUGUGACAAAAUGUCAGAAAGUCUGGAGACGGAUCCUGCCAUUGCUGCUGGUAAACAGAACACAAGACUAAAGGACACCCCUCCUCCACAGCAACCCAAUUGCGGCUGUUAA